GGGAGUCUUCAUAGUUGCAAUAGUAUCUAUUUUUCAGGUACUUGGCAAACAUGAUAUCCUUCCAAAGCCCUUUUUGAGUGUCAAGUUUCCAUCGCCAUUUAAUAAGAAGACUGAUGUUUUGCUUAAGUAAAUCUUUAACCCCAAAGCCAGCUUUGCAUUUAAAUCUACAAACUUGAAACCAUUUGACAAGAUAGUAUCAUUUUUUCCCACUCCCCCCGCCAGAAGAAGCGCCGCUUAUGUUUAUCAAAUCAUUCAACGAAAGGUUUAGAUAACAGAAGCACCGAAAUACAGUAAUAGACAAUACGUGGCACGAAAGAGUUGAGAAGGAUAAGUCUACCACCUGAAGAGGCUGCAUUUCCAAUCCAGGAUUCGCACCUCUGACUUGGGGUUAUUAUGACUUGUGUAUCCUUUUAUAUUGACUUGUGUAUCUUUUUUUUACUUAUAUAUCUGAUAAUUUAUAUUCUUACACAUACUGACUUGGUUUUUUUUUGCGGGGAGAUUUGGGGUUAUUAUGUUCAGGGAAAUAUAGCUUGAAGAUAUAGCUUUUCAUAACCUACUUGCUCUGCAAGAAUCUGGAAACAUAUGGAUGGGAAAAAUGCACAGAUGCAAAACAAAUCAAUAAAAACACCAAAUUAUGUAUAUUUACUUGCUUGGUUUACAUGGAUAAGAAAAAUACGACAGUCCCGAUAAGCACGGUCAAAUCAAAGUCAAACCACAUACGAGUAUAGUUAGGAUUUUAUUAUGUCAAUAAAAACUCCAGUCUCGUACACUGCGCAUAGGAAUUCUAAAAAGAGGUCUGCGUGGAUUGUAAAAUCACUUCAUAUUUUUUCUUUAAUAGUGACAUAAUAUAAUUUCUGUACCACAUUUUAUUUGGUCCAUACUUUUGUACCAAAGAAAUGAAACAAAAGGAAACCAAAAAUGUCUGUUUCUAUAAUUUUCCUCUGUUUUUUAUGUUAACUAAACUAUCCUCAAACUUAUAUCUAGAAGAUUCGGAAUAGGUUGAUGAGUCCACAUAGAAAAAUGUGACCAAUCCUACCCAGCACAGAGAGGGUUACUCGAAAAAUGUUGGUUUUCUUACAGUCUAUGACACGUGGGGACCCGGUGAGCUCCAGGCCAAGCUUACAACGGAAGGGAAGCCACCUGCUCUGCUUCCUCUGUUCCCCAUUCACCGCGGCGCAGCGCAAAAACCCUCACCCAGAGCAGCGGCGACCAAAUCCGCCGAGCAGACCGGCAAUGCCGUCCGGCGGCAAGCCGCGGAGGUCCGCGUCCGCCAUCUUCGCCGACACGGCGAGCGGGCACCACCUCCUCACCGUCCACGGCUACUCCCGCACCAAGGGCGUUCCCACCGGGGAGCGCGUCAAGUCGCGCCCUUUCGCCAUCGGCGGCCACCGCUGGCGCAUCGACUACUACCCCAACGGCGUGCGCGCGGAGGUCGCCGACUACGUGUCCCUCUCCCUGAUGCUCGACGAGGACGAGGACGUCGCGGCGGCGCCGGCGGUGAAGGCCCAGUACGACAUCCGCCUCGCCGGCGAGGCGGAGGAGGAGGAGGAGGGGGCGGCGCUGGCGUCGGCGUCGGUUGACGACUUCACCCCCGGGAGGGGAUGGGUGUACACCACGUUCGUCUCCAGGGAGGAGCUGGAGGGCUCCGAGCAUCUCAGGAACGACUCCUUCACCGUCCGGUGCGACAUCGUCGUCGUCCGCGACUACCGCGCGGAGGACGCGGCGGUGGCAUUCGUCUCCGUUCCCCAGUGCGACCUGCGCCGGGACCUCGCCGGGCUCCUCGAGACCGAGAAGGGCGCCGACGUGGUGUUCGAGGUCGGCGGCGAGACCGUCGCCGCGCACCGGUGCGUGCUCGCGGCCCGCUCCUCGGUCUUCGCCGCCGAGCUCUUCGGGCCGAUGAAGGGGGGCAACGCCGACGCCGGCGUCGUCGUGCGCGUGGAAGACAUGAAGCCGGAGGUGUUCAAGGCUCUGCUCCGCUUCGCGUACAGCGGCUUGCUGCCGGAGACGCGCAAGGAGGACCAAGACGUCACCUGCCAGCAUCUGCUCGUCGCGGCGGACAGGUACGGCAUGAGGCGGCUGAAGCUGAUCUGCGAGGAGAAGCUCUGCGAGUGCAUAAACGUUGGCUCGGCGGCGAUCGUCUUGGCGCUGGCCGAGCAGCACCGUUGCGAGGGGCUGAAAAAGGCGUGCUUCGAUUUCCUCGCCGCUCCGGCGAACCUGAGGGCGGUCGUGGCCACCGAAGGCUUCCAGCAUCUGAGCAGGAGCUGCCCUUCUCUUAUGGCCGAGGUGAUCACCAUGUCCUUGGGCAUUAGUUAGCUGAGUGAUGGAUCAUGGUGGAUGCCCGUAAGUGCUCUGCCAUUGGUGAAUAAAUUGUUGUUCAGACCAAUGUAGGGGAAAUAUGUAUGUAAUCAGGUAGCUGACUUAGUAGACUCUAAUUGAUGAUCGAGAUGCGGGAAAAUUGCCUAUUUUUGCUCC